AUGAAAAGAUAUUUUCUUCAUAAUGAUAAAUGUUGUAACAGAAAAAAAGCAAAAAUAGAAUGUGAAUUUAAUAACGAAUUAAAAAAAGAAUGCUUGACACCAAAUAUUUACGACUAUCAAUCGAAUAUAAAAAAUGUGGAAGCUGAAAAAGACGACAUAAGUGUUGGUGGAUUCAAUUUAUUUAACUUAGAAGAAAAUGGGAAAAGAAGAAAAAUUAACAUUUUAAAUAUUUUUGAUAAUAAUAUAAAGAAAAAAAAUGAAACAGAUAUAAAAUAUAUCAACCAUCAGAAUAAUAAUAAUCAUUUUGUUGGAAAUAAAAAUGACGAAAAAGUUUCUCAAUAUAAUGAUUAUGAUACACGUAAUGAAAAUUUUAACUAUUAUAUGAAUGAACACAUUCAUCGUAAAAAUAUUUAUAAAAGUAAAGAUAAAUUUGAUAAUGAUAAUUUUUCUUAUGAUAAAAUGGAAUAUUUAGGGAAAGAAAAAUGGACAAGUAUAAAAAAUAAAUAUUAUAUAAAAAUUAAUAACCUACUCAAGGAUAUGCAUAUGAUUAAACUGGCAAGAAAUAAUGAUAAAAUGAAAAUGUAA